AUGGCAACUUACGCUUCAACAUCCUCCCUUGCCUGCCUCUUCAUCGUCUUACUUGUAUCCUUGGCUCUACCCGGGAGCCAUGGUGGCAGCAUUGCCAUCUACUGGGGCCAGAACGGCAACGAGGGCACUCUCGCCGACACCUGCGCCACCGGCAACUAUGCCUUUGUCAACAUCGCCUUCCUCUGUAGCUUCGGCUCGGGGCAGAAGCCGCAGCUGAACCUCGCGGGUCACUGCGACCCCUACUCCAACGCCUGCACAAACCUCACCGCAGACAUCAACUCAUGCCAGUCCAAGGGUGUCAAGGUCAUGCUCUCCAUCGGCGGUGGCGCUGGAGGAUACUCCCUCAACUCCAGGCAAGACGCCUUCAAGCUUGCCCAGUACAUCUGGAACAAUUUCCUCGGUGGGCACUCCGACAAGAGGCCGCUUGGCGACGCCGUGCUCGACGGCGUCGACUUCGACAUCGAGGGAGGAAACCCUGACUACUAUGGAGCCCUUGCGGCAUACCUCAAGUCCUUGGCUGCCAACGCCAAGGGCAAGGAGGUCUACCUGUCAGCGGCGCCGCAGUGUCCUUUCCCGGACCAGUGGGUCGGCAAAGCCCUUCAGACAGGCCUCUUCGACUAUGUCUGGGUUCAGUUCUACAACAACCCACCUUGCCAAUACACACCGGGAAGCAUGGCCAACCUCGUCAAUUCCUGGAACCAGUGGACAACAGGGAUCACAGCUAAGUACAUCUUUCUUGGCCUGCCGGCUGCACCAGAUGCUGCAGGGAGUGGAUUCAUACCAGUAGGGAGCCUCAAGACGGAGGUGCUUCCCGCGCUCAACAACUCCACCAACUACGGAGGAGUGAUGCUGUGGUCCAAGUUCUACGAUGACCAGGAUGGAUACAGCUCGGCCAUCAAGAAUUCCGUCUGAUCUCAUAUAUAUCUGCAUGUUCGUUUCCACUCUGAAUAUGAGCGUCUGUGAGAGAGAGAGAGAGAGAGUUGUGAUGUAUUGUCAGUACUACUUCAUAUAGUUUGGCUUAGUCUAUAUGUGUGCAUACGAAAUUCCAUUGAAUAAAAAUAUUUCUAUUACCCUUGCAUUCUAUGGUCGCUGGACUUCAAUUCAAGACGAAUUAGAAUCAACGGCUAACAAUAAGUACCUUGUGCCUGGGGGUUAGGGCUCCAAUCUGCAUCGAUAUAGUCUUAUCACGCCUGAAACAGAUGUCCAGAUA